GUGGCACCUUAUUGUGCCUCAAAAUGGGCAGUAGAGGGUCUGACUAGAUCUGUGGCAAAGGAGUUGCCCAGUGGACUGGCAAUUGUUGCACUUUCUCCAGGCGUUGUCAACACUGACAUGCUUGUGUCAUGCUUUGGCAGUUCAUCUUCUCUGUACCAGACACCUGAGUCAUGGUAUUUGUGUUUUCACCCUUCUUUGUUGGUACAGUUAUCUUCCCCUUUUUGGCAUCAUAUUUUGGCACCUAAUGAAUGACUUUUGCAAACCUGCCACUAUGAUAUUCUAAUUUCUACAAACUUGUUUGCAACUUUUUUUAAAAAUUACAACAGUGACAUAAAGUUAAAGAACAUGUAAAUUGUAGUUGUGUAUUGACUCAUAAAAUAAUUCAUUAACUGAAAAUAAAGGUCAUCUCAAUGUUCCCUAGAUCGAGAUCAAUUUGAUACGUGGUACGAGUAUGGGCACGCAAUACAUUACGUUUGUUUGAUACGUGGGGUGAUGGGAUAUGCUUAGUUAGUAUGUUGUUUUGGGUCGUGAUUCACUUUCUAACUCUUAUCUAGAUUGCUUUCAUUAUUGCAAAAAAA